CAGAAGGCAUGUCACUGUUACACAUAACCUUGUUUCUGGGUUAUUUAACUGUAACAGCCAGCUAUUGAUGUUUUAUUGAUCGCAGCACAAUACAUAAAAAAAAAAAAAAUCCCUCAUGUAAAUAUUUAUAUAGUUAUUUCCCAGGCAGAUCGUAAAACAAAAAGGUUCGCUCGCUGAGGAGGACUUGUUGGUUUUUAGUCCAGUUAUCGGUUUUUAAACGCCAGUGGGAUUCAGGGAGUCGGUGGAUGAUUUUUUUAUGCAGAACGCAGAUCUCUGGUCGAGGGCAGGGCUCCGAACGGGGAGGAAGAGCGAGGCAACAGAGAGGAGUCAGACACAAACACGCAAACACAGAACUUCCUACCGCUCUCUUUUCAAAAACAUCUUCUUAGUUUUCUCCUUUCUUUCCUUUCUGGUGAGCGCCAUCAUGAGCUUUAAGCAGAAACUUCAACCUGUGUUGUCCCUCGGCGCCGACGUGCUGCCUGAGUACAAGCUCCAGGCCCCACGCAUCCACAAGUGGACGAUCCUCCACUACAGCCCCUUCAAGGCCGUCUGGGACUGGGUCAUCCUGCUGCUGGUCAUCUACACGGCCAUCUUCACCCCCUACUCUGCCGCCUUCCUUCUCAACGAGGCGGAAGAUGACGGAGGCUCCUGCGGCUACACCUGCAACCCGCUGAACGUGGUGGACCUCGUGGUGGACGUCAUGUUCAUCGUGGACAUCCUCAUCAACUUCAGGACCACCUACGUCAACAGCAACGACGAGGUGGUCAGCCACCCGGGCCGCAUCGCGCAGCACUACUUCAAGGGCUGGUUCCUGAUCGAUAUAGUCGCCGCCAUCCCGUUCGAUCUGCUCAUAUCGCGCUCUGGGUCACAAGAGACGGAGCCGCAGACCCAAACUACUCUGAUCGGGCUUCUGAAGACGGCCAGACUGCUGAGGCUGGUGCGAGUUGCCAGGAAGUUAGAUCGCUACUCCGAGUACGGAGCGGCGGUUCUGUUCCUCCUCAUGUGUACGUUCGCGCUCAUCGCCCACUGGCUGGCCUGCAUCUGGUACGCCAUCGGCAACGUGGAGCGCACCGGCUCUGAACGCAUCGGCGGCAUGAAGAUCGGCUGGCUGGACAACCUGGCCGACCAGAUAGGGAAACACUAUAACAGCAGCGACAGGAGCUCCGGCCCGUCCAUUCAGGACAAGUACGUUACGGCGUUGUAUUUCACCUUCAGCAGCCUGACCAGCGUGGGCUUCGGCAACGUCUCGCCCAACACCAACCCGGAGAAGAUCUUCUCCAUCUGCGUCAUGCUCAUCGGCUCUCUGAUGUACGCCAGCAUCUUUGGGAACGUAUCGGCCAUCAUUCAGCGGCUGUACUCUGGCACGGCCCGGUACCACACUCAGAUGCUGCGGGUCAAAGAGUUCAUCCGCUUCCACCAGAUCCCAGGAGGCCUCAGACAGAGACUGGAGGAGUAUUUCCAGCACGCCUGGUCCUACACCAACGGCAUCGACAUGAACGCUGUUUUGAAGGGUUUUCCUGAAUGCCUGCAGGCCGACAUCUGCCUCCAUCUGCACCGCAGCUUGCUGCAGAACUGCAAAGCUUUUCGGGGCGCCAACAAAGGCUGCCUGCGAGCUCUGGCCAUGCGAUUCAGGACGACCCACGCCCCGCCGGGUGACACCCUGGUGCACAGCGGGGAUAUUCUCACCGCCCUCUACUUCAUUUCCAGGGGUUCAAUCGAGAUUUUGAGGGACGACGUGGUGGUGGCCAUACUGGGAAAGAACGACAUCUUUGGUGAACCCAACCAUGUCUAUGGCAGGCCCGGGAAAUCCAGCGCUGACGUUCGGGCUUUGACCUACUGCGACCUUCAUAAGAUCCUGAGGGACGACUUGCUGGAGGUGCUGGAGAUGUAUCCAGACUUUGCUGACUCCUUCUGGAACAAUUUGGAGAUUACCUUUAACCUCAAAGAUGCAGACAGAAUAAACCAGCAAACCCCGAGCAGGAGCUCCGAGUGCGGCUGCCGACUGACGAGGCAUCGCAGAAGCUCCCUGCGGCGCCGGAACCGGCCGGAUGGGAUGGAUCAUGAGGACUCGUACCCAGAUCAGUCGUGUCUGACGGUGAACCACCGGCGCAGAAUGGUGGCCGGGUCUCACUGGGAGGAUCUCUGCAGCAGCGCCAGCGUUUGUUCCCAGUCCAGUGAUGAGGAAAUUAAGCCUGUUCAACACAAGGGGGAGCUGUUCGUCCACGGCUCUGACACCAGAGACUACCAACCUUCAAGGGUCACCAUCCAACCCCACUGCGGACCUUCUGCUCUAAUGGGGCAGGCUGUGGAUCUUGGAGGCUCUCCGUACUCAGCAGCGCCCCCUAUUAGUGUGUCAGGCUUGUACGGCUACUGGUCAGACCGCAGAGCCAGCCAGCUGUCUGAGAACCAGAGGAGGCAGUCAGCAGUGAGGUCUGGGUUUCGGCCUUCGUUCUGCGCUGAGGAUCGGCCUCGGGAGCUGGAAUCCAGACUGGAGCUCCUGCAGUCGCAGCUCAACAGGCUGGAGACCCGUAUGACUGCAGAUAUCAACGUGAUCCUGCAGCUCCUCCAGAGGCAGAUGACCCCGGUACCUCCUGCCUACAGUGAUGUGUCGCCCGGCUCCCACCUGCCUCACCCCACCACCCUGUACGGCUCGGGAACCCCCACCAUCCACACGGGCCCCCCAAUCCAGCCGGGACAGAUAGACGGCACCGCCUCCCUGCUGCAGAGUCCAGAUUCUGACUUUAAACACAAAUCUAGAGACUCCCUCUCCAGCGGCGUCCAUCUCACCGUGGCGUCAGACGACACCAUGUCACCAGAGGCCAACCUGCCACAGCUGCCCUCUGUUGACCUCACCUGUCCUCACUUCCUGUCCCCCAACGUCCACGAAGCCCCCGGGCUCCUGGGCGGCAGCCAGCGCUUCCCCUCGCUCCCCGAACACCUGGAGACCUCCACAGAGAUGCAGGAGAUCCAGAGACACGUCUCUGACCCGAUCCUGCAAGGAACCUAGGGCGACCUGCUGCAAAUGUAAAGCCAUAUUUUGUCCAGAUGGAUCCCCAUCUCACCAAAUAUUACAAAAAAAUGAUCCUCCUCUCCUGGUCGGAGGCUGCAGGAAAGCGAGGAAUGUCUGAAAAACACACAAACUGCAUCCCAGACUCAGGUUUCCAUAAUGGAAGGAGAGAAAAAAAAACACGUUUGAGAAAUAUCUGCAUUCACUUUGUAUAAGAAUUGCACAUUUAGGCUCAAUAAAGACAAAAAUGUAUUUUUAUACUGUU